AUGCCGAGAUCGAGAGCAAAACCAACUCGUGAAGAGGUGAAAAAAUCGUUGGCUGAAGCCUGUCGCAAAGCACAAGCUGGCGGAAUAAGUCGACGUCUGGAAUUCGCAAGGGCUUUUAUUGCAAAAAGAAACCCUGCACGAGAUUCGAGCGAUCCCUUGAAUCGAGAACUUGAAAAUGCGAUUUCUUGGGAGCCAAAAGUACCCAAUGUGAAUUUUUCGGAGCCCGUUCCAGGAUCAUCAAGCCGUUUCAAAAAGCGUCUUCCAGUAGCGGAAAAGCCUACAAAAGAAAAGCCGGGACCUUCGAAGUCUAAAUCUUCCAAAUCGCAAAGUCAGGAACGCUCGCAGCCACGAGAAGAGCAGGAGUCAGCUCAUAACUGGUCGCAGCAAGCUUUGUUCGAUGAAUCUGCGGAGGAUCGACAAGCACUAUCGCCUGAACAUGAUCAAUCCCCACCCGCGCCAAUUGACAGAGAGGACGUUCGCGAAUUUAUGUUUCCCACCUCAAACAAGAGAAAGCUUCAGACUCCUGAAAAGAACGCGCAGGGCGAAGCAAGCGCGAAAGAUCACGCAGCGAAAAGGAGCAAGCACGAGAAAGAAAAUGUACCGCCUAAGAAAAGCGCUUCAAAGCCGACGAUUCUUAAGCCAGCUUUGGAUAUCACCAUUGCUCGUCGUCCAGGAAGAGAUGCCCUGAGCGAGAUUUCGGACUUGUCUUCUGCAUUUGAUAAUGACAGUCCAAUUAGAGGCGUCGGAAAGAUGAAGCUAAGUCAAAAGAAAGCAACCAAAGAAAAGAGUGCGAAACUGAGGCAUGACGAACCAACGUGCAGCAAGAAUUUAACACCUCCAGCGAUGCCACUAGAUGCUGAUCUUUCUAGCUUCUUGGACUCGAGCGAGGAUGAGGAAGUUCGUCGACCGCAAAGUCCUCCUCGGAAAAGAAAUAGAUCCCCAACAGCUAGCAUGAGCUUCUUGAACUCGAGCGAGGAUGAGGAAGUUCGUCGACCGCAAAGUCGUCCUCGGAGAAGAAAUAGAUCGCCAACAGCCAGCAUGCCGAAGCUAACCAAAUUACGAUCACCAGAGAAGUCACCAUCUAAAUCAAAGAAAAAGUCGAUUCCGAUGAAGAAAAAAUAUCGAAAAAUAAUCCCUUCUGUCGCUCGAAAGCCUCCGAGAAGCAUCAGUUCUUCCGUGGAGACAAGAGAUCCGCGAGAAGUAUAUGUUGAAAGAACAUUCAUCUUCAAAGAUGCAAAGAACAUUCAGCGCCCAAUAGGGCUCAGGCUUCGAGAAAAAGAAUCGAGCGAAACAGGAAUCGACAUCUGCGAGGUUGUCCCAGGGUCGGAAGCAGAUAAAGCUGGGCUUCGUGUUGGAGAUAUUCUGAUUUGCUUCAACGGUGUGAAAUGCUCCGUCAAAAACAAAAUCAAGCUGUCUAAACUGCUACAACUCAUUAACGAAUCGCCUUUGAAAGACUUCGAAUUCACAGUUCUUCGCGGAGUACAAAACAUCGAUUCAGAUAGCAACGAGAGCAGAGUAGACACUCCUGUUGAUUCGAAUCAACGAGAAGAGUCUGACGAGUCAGCCAGCGAAGGGUCAGUCCAACCAGCUUCGCGGGCAGCGUCGAGCCGACCAGCUUCGCGGGCGGAGUCAAGCCGACCAGCUUCGCGGGCAGCAACAAGGUCUAUAUCAACCCCUGCCCCGCAGAAAAGAAAGAAGUGGACUGAAGACGAGGACGCCAAGCUGAUUGCUGGCCUCGAUCAAUACGGAAAAGACUGGAUCAAGAUCUGGAACAAGUCUUUCCGUGAUACGACGAGGACGAAUAUCAACCUCAAAGACAGACACCGUACUCUUCUGAAACAAGGCGACCCACGGCGCUUGUUGAUUAUUUCCAAAGAAAAGCCUGGUCUAGCAGUUGAAAUCGGUUCCGGAUCGGGGGUCAAUGAGUGGAAUGCAGCGAACAAUUGGAGCGGUGCACAGUUUUCCGAUCUUUUGUUAGAAACAGAUAAAAACCUCUUCAUCAUCGAUCCCCGACGAGGAGACCAGGAAGGAAUUCGACGACGCGUAGCCUUGAUCAAGUUUACACAACCUUCGAGCUUUUCAAAAGGGUGA